UCAACAUGACCCAUUCCAUUCCAGGCCGCAUCGGCAGCAGCCUGAAGGUCUCCCGAGUUCCAUUGUCAACACGCUUAUCAGCGCUCGGAUUAUUUCUACAAGUAUAUAAACAUGAAUGAAUCCACACACCACAUCACACAAUUCCUAACAACGCAACAAAACAAACAUGCAGCUGGGCACUGGAUUACCGAUGCUGCUAAUAGUUCUGCUCCUUGGGGUCUCGCACGCACGUCCUACCUUUGACAAAAUUGCUGAAGUGCUGCUCGACUUGGUGGACGAAGGACCGUACCAUGGGAGACCGUAUGGAAGACCACCGUCCCCGCAUGGACCGCUGAUUCAGGAAGGCUACGAGCAGGGCUACAACUAUCACUACGGUGGGGGUGGCUAUCAGCAGCAAGGUCCUGUAAUUGUCGGCAGUCCGUAUAGACCGCCUUCGCCAGCUUACGGACUGCAGCCGCCAUCGAACAGCUAUGACUAUUAUCCGAGGGCGCCAACACAUUACAGGCCAGGAGCAACAACUCCCUAUGAAUAUUCACAGCCUACGUACGCACAGGGAUAUGGCAGAGGAGGGUACAGACAGCAUGGCUACUGAGCCAGCUUUGAGUUUCAGUUAUCAUAUGUGAUAUUGAUAUUAAUACCGCUAUCUGAGAAUUAUUUAGUGUCUUGUUAUAUCUAAAUUUUUAUCAGAACCAACGCCCUACACAUAUAGCUGCUAUAAGUAUAAUUGGUAAAAUAAAGUGUAUUUUAGUUGAAGGGCGGUGGUAUAGAAAGGUAAAGGAUAUACAUCGUGCUUGGCAUUUAAAAAUACUUGUAUAUUGUAUAUUUCGUUGCUUUAUCCCAACUUAUUUGCUUUAAAAGUUCUUUAUAAAAUCCGUUCGAUUUCUACUUAUUCUGGCAAUAAGUUGUGAGUUUUAAAUUACGGCUAAUACAUCGAAUUCUACAAUUAUAAA